UAAAACGAGAAAAAAAAACCUAAAUAAUAAAACGAGAGUAUCAAGAAAAAUAUUACUGUAAAACAUAGAUAGAUAGAUGAUUGAUAAGCGGUCUGCGAAUACAUUUGGGUGAAAUCCUCCAACUGUAAUAAAUACAUCCACAAAUAACAAGGCUUUUCCGUUGAUUGUUUAGGUUAGAGGGUAAACGCAAAUCCGUGGUCUGCGAAUCCUCGCCCACCUCUCCAUUCCAACUGAGAAUUUUGGUCACUAAAAGCCAAAUUUUCUGUGGGUGUAUGGCUAGGAUUAGUACGAAAAUAACACAAUUAAGAUGGUUUUAUGGAUCUUCUUUGACAACAACCUUUACAGGGAAGUCCCUUGUUCCUUUUCGUAAAAGUGUCGUUGAAUUAAAGAACCCGCUAUUUUGUUUUCCAAGAACUCAGUUAUUGUACCCGUGUUCCAGAGCAAUGUCGAUGACUAAUGGAGCAUUGUUAGCAAUUCCGCCUGUUAUGGUGAAGGAAAACAUCGAUCUAACGGAAAAGGAAAAACAGAUAUUUGAUCGGUUGCUUCAAGUUGUCUAUCAUUUCAAACUUGAAACCAAGCUCCGAGUUGCUGGCGGGUGGGUACGUGAUAAGCUUUUAGGGAAAGAGUGUUAUGAUAUUGAUAUUGCUCUUGAUGAUAUGUUGGGGAGAGAGUUUUGUGAAAAGGUGAAUGAGUAUUUAGUAUCUACAGGAGAAGAAACACAAGGGAUUGGUGUUAUUCAAAGCAAUCCCGACCAAUCCAAGCAUUUGGAAACCGCAAGGAUGCGACUUUUUGAUGUAUGGAUCGAUUUUGUGAAUCUAAGAUCUGAAGACUACGCUGAGAACAGCAGAAUUCCAACUAUGCAAUUUGGUACUGCGGAACAAGAUGCAUUUAGAAGGGAUUUGACGAUUAACAGUUUGUUUUAUAACAUCAAUACAUGCUCAGUUGAAGAUCUUACAGGGAGGGGUUUAGAUGAUCUGCGAUCUGGAAAAGUUGUGACCCCUUUACCACCAAAAGAGACGUUCUUGGAUGACCCGUUGAGAGUUUUAAGAGCAAUUCGUUUUAGUGCCAGGUUCGAGUUUGAAAUGGCGGAAGAGUUAAAGUUAGCCGCUGCAGACAAUGAAGUGAAAUCUGCAAUUGCUGAUAAGAUUAGCAGAGAACGGAUCGGCCAUGAGGUAGAUCUUAUGGUAAGUGGGAACCAACCGGUCAAGGCAAUGGCUCACAUAUCUGAGUUGGGUUUGCUUUGGGUUGUCUUUACGCCACCGCCAAAUUGUGAACCCAUAAUCUCAGAUGACCAUGAUAAGGUUUGUGCAGGAUUUAUGGAUGUGGCAUGGAGACACAUGCUUGAAGUAGGAUGUACCUUUAGUGAUGAACAACGGAGGUUGUAUUUGUAUGCAUCGUUGUUCCUUCCACUUAGGAAAACUGUUUACACUGAUAACAAAAAGAAAAAGGUACCUGUAGUGAACUACAUCUUUAGAAAUUCCCUUAAGUUGAAAGCCAGUGAUGCUGAUGAUGUUAUGAGGCUGCACAAUGCAGUUGAGAAAUUUUUGUCGUUGAUUCCUUUCGUGAUGUCUAGUCAAGAUUUGCAAAUUAGUGAACUUGAUUGGGAAAAAGAGAUUAUUGAUGUUCCACCGUCACUGAAGUUAAGAAUCUUGCUGGGCUUACUUGUCAAGGAGAUAAAAGAUUUCUGGAGGGCUGCAUUGAUGCUGUCCACUCUUUUAUAUAAGGACAGUUCUUCUGUUGAGGUUAUUGUUGGGGAAUUAGAGAAAAGAAGAGAAGUCUUUAAAGAGGUUGAGCAUGAAAUAUUGAAACUCGGUCUAGAUAAUGUGUGGGAAGUUAAGCCUUUGAUUAAUGGAAAGGAUAUAAUAAGGCUUUUGGAGCUACAGAAAGGAGGUCCCGUGGUUAGUGAAUGGCAAAGAAAACUGCUACAAUGGCAGCUUGCUUAUCCUUCUGGAAGUGUAGAUGAAUGUGUUGACUGGAUGACUAGGCAAACACAAUUGAAGCGGGCUAAAACAGAAUCAGAUAUAUAGACUAUCUUGUAGCUGAAUCUGCUGUUGGCAAUCAUAUUCAUCAAUCAUCAAUGGAUUUGAGUCCUCUUCGCAAAGCUUCAGCCAGUACUAGUAAGAGACACAGAUGGCAGGGGAGAACAAAUAAGAAACUCAAUUGCAAAUGAAAUAUAGAAUGACUAUGACACUAUGUAUCAGGAUUGAACAAUGAAGUUAAUAUGUUGUGAUUAGUGCUUUUAAUGCAUUCCUUUUUUACUUGUUUAAUAGUCAGCGGGUUUAAUGUAUUGUAAUAGUUAGCGGGUUUAAUGUCUAGUAAUAGCCAAAUGGGUCGGCAGGUUUAAUGGUGUGUGUUUUUAGGCAUUAUACUACUGUAUGGUUUGUCUGUCAUCUUGGCUAGCCAACCAGCUAAUUGACAGGUUAGGGGGUCAGUGGAUAUUUUGUAACAGUCAUAGUGUACUGAUCUUAUCCUUUGUAGUUUAAUGAUUGAUCACUAUUGUUCUUUGCCUCUUCCA